CUUUUCUAGUAUAGGCUUAUGUCAACACCCAUAAUUUUCUCAUAUCUAUGACCGUAUGCAUACUCUUAUGUCUGUUCCCUAUAAACCCGAGUACUACAUUUCUAUCACAAACCACUCUUUGGAAUUUAUGGUUUACAUGUCCUUGUGUCAUUUGUAUAAUGAACUCGGUGCCUAUAAUUCUGAAACCUUUGUAUGUAUUAUGUUCUCUAAUUCUUCAUUCUGGACGAAGAUGUGAGUGUCUCCGGUAGAACUUGCAGUAGAAAGUUUGUCUCUGUCUGCAUCGCCCUACUACUCAUUUGUUCUUUCAACUCUUGAGCUGAGAUUGUCAUUUGCCUAAAACGUGCCCCAUAAUAUAUGUUAGCAAAGAAUAUCUAGAACCAAUAUAAAAAAUAAUAAUUGAAGUUGAGUUAUUUUAUGUAUUUUUUGCAAGCCCCUUCUACAUCUCAUCAGUGUAUAUGAUAUUGUCGAAUCACAUUUCCACACUUGCAUAUGAUUUUUGGAUUCUAAUGAUAUUGUCUUUCUCAUCUAAUCCCUCGGUUCUAUUUAUAAGAAAAAAAAUUAACUUUUUAGAUUCAUUGAGUAAUUGAUGUAUCUGGUAUAGAAUAUAGACCAAAUACAUUAUUUAUGAAAUGAAUCAAAAAAGUCAAAUGCUUCUUAUAUAUAGAACCGGAGGAGUAAAUGCUAAUUUUCUUCAUCGUCUAAUCAUAUCAGGCUUCGGUGAAAAUUUGAGUCAUUCGUUAGCAAAUUAAAGCAUCUUAAUUAAAUUUAAAAUGCCCUAUAACUUUAACCCUAUUAAAAUUUAGAUUUAAGGAUUAAUACACUUUAAAGAGAAACUAAAAUUAGAUAUAUUGACAAAACAACAUACAGAGUAUGAAAUAAUAAAUUUAUAAAAAAAAAAAAAGAAAUAAAAAACUAAUUUAGGAGAUAUCAACCAAGGCCAAGGUGGACAAAAAUAAUUUGCAAUGCAUUGGUGCACCUCAUAAUAAAGUGCAUUUUUUUUUAUUUAACAAUAAAUAAAUAAAGUGCAAUUUUUUAUUUUUGAUAAAGUGUGCAAUUUUUUUUGGACUUAUUAUUAUUAUAAGUGCAGAGUUGAUUUGUAUCAAUAGUUACCAUUCACUCCUUAAGAUAUCAUAAUAUAAACAUCAUUGUGUGGUUAACCCAUAACUGACCCUUAACAUCUCAAUUAACGGUAACAAGCCAUUCAAGUUCAUCAACCACGAAUGAUCCUGCGGUUUUGCAAGAAUGAAGGACGACUUAGAAGAAUGUCUAAGGACUGAAAAAUGCUCCAUAUGCCUUAACUAUUAUUAGCCAUCACAAUGCAAGCUGACCUUGUCAAUUUUAUCCUGAAAAUGCUAAUUCUCGCUAAUUAUAGGAAGAAAUAACAGUGGCUUAAUUAUCAAAUACAAUUCUGAACACUCAUUCAUCUUAAGGCUGUCUUUCUCAUCUAUUUUGAGACAAAGGAAACAAUUGAACUACCUAUAAGAAUCCAUUAUCCUUAUGCAGCUUCUGUGUCUAAUUAGUAUAUUAUAAUCAAUCAUCUUCUCCCACUCAAGAAAACCAAAUAAGGGUAUGAAAUAAAGAAAAAAGAAAUCGAAUAAAAGAUCUCAAGAAGGAAAAAACAAAAAGAUAUGAACGGAAAAAUAUUAGUCUCUGGUGUAUCCAUCAUUCUUGUGGUGGGUGUUGCCAUCGGUGUUGUCGUCGUUGUUAACAAAAAGGAUGAUCCUGCAUUAGCAGCACACGAAAAGAAUGUACAAACCAUGUGUCAAACAACUGAAGAUCAAAAACUUUGUCAUGACACUCUUGGCUCCGUGAAACCUGCUAAUUCCUCUGACCCAACAGCUUAUUUAGCAGCUGCAGUUCAGGCAAGUGCCCAAAGUGUUAUCCUUGCGUUGAAUAUGAGUGAUAAGUUAACGGUUGAACAUGGCAAGGACAAACCUGGUGUCAAAAUGGCCCUUGAUGAUUGCAAAGACUUAAUGCAAUUUGCUCUUGACAGCCUCGAAUCAUCGGCUAAUUUGGUUCGCGAUAACAACAUUCAAGCCAUUCAUGAUCAAACACCUGAUUUUAGGAAUUGGUUGAGUGCUGUUAUCUCAUACCAACAAUCAUGCAUGGACGGAUUUGAUAACGGAACGGACGGUGAGGAUCAAGUAAAGAAACAAUUGCAAACAGAAAGUUUGGACCAAAUGGAGAAACUAACCGGCAUUACACUUGACAUUGUAACUAGCAUGUCUAACAUCCUUCAAACCUUCGACUUGAAGUUGGAUUUGAAUCCAGCUUCUCGUCGUCUUAUGGAGGCUAAUGAGAUUGAUGAUGAAGGAUUGCCCAAGUGGUUCUCGGCUGCAGAUCGUAAGCUAUUGGCAAACGCUGGUGGAGGUCCUCCACCAAACGCAGUAGUUGCUAAAGAUGGUAGUGGUAAAUUUAAAACAGUUAAAGAAGCUAUUGACUCUUAUCCUAAGGGAUUCAAAGGCAGAUACAUUAUCUAUGUCAAGGCUGGGGUCUAUGACGAGUACAUCACCAUUCCCAAAACAUCAAUAAAUAUUCUUAUGUAUGGCGACGGUCCUACAAAGUCCAUUAUCACUGGUCACAAAAACUUCGUCGACGGCGUUAAGACAAUGCAAACUGCCACUUUUGCAAAUGUUGCAAAUGGAUUCAUUGCAAAGUCAAUCGCAUUCGAGAACACAGCUGGACCAGCAAAGCACCAAGCAGUGGCAUUUAGAAACCAAGGAGACAUGUCUGCUUUCUUCGAUUGCGCCAUGCAUGGUUUCCAGGACACAUUAUACGUCCAAGCCAAUCGUCAAUUCUACCGCAACUGCGAAAUCUCUGGUACCAUAGACUUCAUAUUCGGCUCAUCACCAACCCUAAUUCAAAACUCUAGAAUCAUUGUGCGAAAGCCAGGACCUAGUCAAUUCAACACCGUAACCGCAGACGGAACAAAACAACGAAACAUGGCCACAGGAAUAGUAAUCCAGAAUUGCGAAAUUGUUCCAGAUAGGGAUUUGUUCCCAGUUAGGAACCAAGUCAAAUCGUAUUUGGGCAGACCAUGGAAGGACUUUGCUAAGACAGUGUUUAUGGAAUCUAAUAUUGGUGAUGUCAUUGCACCAGAAGGGUGGACUCCAUGGGCUGGGACUCAAUUUCUUGAUACAUUGUAUUAUGCUGAAUUUGCCAAUACUGGACCUGGUGCUAAUCUUAAUGCAAGGGUUAAGUGGAAAGGUUAUCAUCCUCAGAUUUCUAAGAAUGAAGCUACUCAAUUCACUGCAGCGAAUUUCCUUAAAGCUGGACCUGGUGGAAAAGCUGAUGAUUGGCUGAAGGCUACUGGUAUUCCUUAUGCUAUUGGAUUUGAAAAAGCUUGAAGUUUAGAUAUAAUUAGAAGAAAUUAAUUUGAGGGCUGGGAAUUAAUUUAUGUUAGCUAUAAUUGUGUGCUUUUAUGUACACAAGUUUGAUUUGUUACUUACAUAGGAAUAAUUUACUAGCUUACAUGUUGAUUCCAUCUUUGAAGCUGGUCUCAAUUUCAAGCUAGCUCAGGUGGAAUCCUGUACCUUUUUAUACUGAAGAAAUAAUUGUACUUGUAAUUUUUGACAUGAAUUUAUUUAUGAAAAAAUUGCUUUUAAGUGUUUUAUGUA